CCUGAAUAUCUCAACAGCAGUCAGAGAGCACCGUCGAGCUGCAACGGCAAAGGAGAGCGCCAUGGCGGACGACUUGGACCUCGACCCAGCAUUCGACGACGUCGGUGGUGGCAUGUCGGGCCAUGCCUUGUCGAUGUCCAUGGCCGAUGAGCAGAUGUCAGAUCAAGAAGAGGUGGUCUCAACUCGGAGGGGCGGGCGCAGUCGUCGGGGAGCCGGGGCGCGCCAGCAAGCUUCUGAGGAGCUGAGCGAGGCACCAUUGCAGGAGCACCUGCAGGAUCAGGAGGGGUUCAGCCUGGCUGACGAGCUGGCGGGUGGAGCAGACCCGCGCCAAACGGCUGGGGACAGCUUGGGAGAUGAGUUGAACGGCCUUUCCGAGCAACUUGGCAGCUCCUCGUCGGCAGCCUUUGCAGAAGACACUGAAGACCGCGAGAGACUGGUCGAAGCAAAGGCGAGAAGGGAUCAGGAGCACUACCUCGUCGCCUCGGAAUCACUUGCCGAAAGCGUCCGGGCCACCGAGGUGUUCCUUUCGAAGCUGAGUAACAUCUCAAAUAUCUCAGCCUCGACGUCGUCAACGACGACGACACGGGCGGUGGCGACGGCUACCAACAGAAGACAGUCAGAGACGAACGCUUCAGCACCGCAAGAAGAUACAUCAGGGCUAGAGCAGUCAGCAGCGACAAUUGUAAAGCAGCUUCGCGAGCACACGGCACAACGAGAGAUGCAGGUGCGAGAGCUGAGAGAGGCAGAGAGAGUCUUUGCCAGAGGCUUGGCCGAGGGAGGCGAUUGGCUCAACGCGAUGGGCAGCGUCGAUGAGGACUGGGCAUCUUCAGAGACUCCAUCAGUGACAAGGUACGACUCGCUCUCGUUCCUGACGCCAUUGCCCACGGCCACUGUAGACCACUCAAGAGGGACGGGCGAAAGGCUGCAGAGCGUCGCCGAGGACGAAGCAGGAGAAGAGCAUGAGGGUCCCAUGUCACCUAGAGACUUGCAUGUGACUGGCGACGGAGAGACACCAGGACCCAAGGCGCCGGCGUCACAGCAGAUGAAGCAUCUCCAGCAAUGCACCAGCAGUCUCAUUUCAAGCCUCGGUAUGCUGCACGAGCACAGCCAAGUUGCGAGGGCCGAAAUGGGCGAUGCUGCGAGAAGGCUGCGCAGCCUCAAGACAGUCCUCGUCCAAUGGCGCACCGAGGUCGAAGAUGUGGAACGGUCACGAUCUUUGAUCGCAGCGUGGGAAGGCCAGACGGCCGAGGGCGAAUUCAAGCGGCCUGACGACAUCAAGCAGUGGACGAAGCAGCAAAUGGAGCGCUUUGAAAAGGUCCUGACCGACGCCGAGACGAGGGCAAAGGAGCUCCUACAACCGGUUCCUGCGCCCAAGCUCGAUGAGUUGGCAAAGCAAGCAGGCGCGGGAGGUCCUGCAGCAGUGGGAGCCGCCUCGGUAGAAGCGAGGGCCUGACCUGAUAGAUACAGUCGAUGACAACACACUACACAUUGAAUAUACCCUGGCUCCUCUUCGUCGUUUUUGAUGCACUCUUCUCCCUUACUCAUUCCAACAUGACCCUCAAAUUUCAUGCGAGCGGCCCUC